UGGAUUUUUUUUUUCUUGUUCACAAAUCUAAUCUUUUUUAUUAUUCGCAUCAAAGUGAAACCCACGCUCUCUUCGUACCUUGUCAAAUUCCCUUAUAAAUACCUUUUGAUUUCUUUUUUCAUCGUCUGAAUUCCAUGCAAUUAUCUCCCCAUUCCUCAAAACUAAUUUUCGUUUCGUAAAAUUUAAUCAAUUUCGGGUUUUUACUUUUAUUUGUUUUUUUAAAAAUUCAGUUCUGGGAUUUGGUGAGAUGAAGAUCGAGGAGUUGGACGACGUGGAGAAUGAUCGGGAAAAAGACGGUGUUUACGGUGUGAAGCAGCUUCAGAUAGUUAGAGUCGACGAUGCGAAGAGAGCUUUAGUCGGAGCGGGUGCUCGGAUCCUUUUUUAUCCGACCCUUUUAUACAAUGUCUUCCGCAACAAAAUCCAAUCUGAAUUCAGAUGGUGGGACGAAGUUGACCAGUUUCUUUUGUUGGGGGCGGUUCCGUUUCCCAAGGAUGUUCGGCGGUUGAAGCAGUUGGGCGUUGGUGGGGUCAUCACUCUCAACGAGCCUUUUGAAACUCUGGUUCCCACUUCCUUAUAUCAUGCUUAUGGAAUUGAUCACUUAGUAAUUCCGACGAGAGAUUAUUUAUUUGCUCCUUCAAUUUCAGAAAUCAGCAGAGCUGUGGACUUCAUUCAUAAGAAUGCAUCUUGUGGUAGAACUACCUAUGUACAUUGUAAAGCUGGACGAGGAAGGAGUACCACCAUCGUGCUUUGCUAUUUGGUGGAGCAUAAGCAGAUGACACCUGCAGGUGCCCUUGAAUAUGUUCGAUCCAGAAGGCCUCGAGUUUUACUGGCCCCCACACAAUGGAAGGCAGUUCAGGAAUAUAGCAGGCAUCGACAACCAGCUACUAUACACUCUCCUUCAGUGGAUGCAGUUAUGAUUACAAAAGCAGAUCUUGAAGGCUAUCAUAGUACUUUUGAUGAUAUUACUGGUAAGGAGCUUGUUGUUGUGCCCAGAUUGGUGAGAGCCAGGCCCAUGAUAGCUAGAUUGUCGUGCCUUUUUGCAUCAUUGAAAGUUUCUGGUGUUUCUGGACCCGUGACUGGGAGGCUGCCUGAGGCACGUGCUUGCUGAGUGCGCUACUCCUUCAAAACAUUUUGUGGUUGUUGCUUGUACAGAAAAGCAAAUAAAUAUCGAUUGUUGGUGUCUGAUAAAUAUCAGUUCCAGUAAGUGUGUACCACAAAACAGAAGGUAAAUAUAAAGCAAAGAAAGCUAGAAGAGUUCUUCAGUGAUAUGUAUAACACGGUAUCUAUCAAUUAUACAAUCAACUCUGCUUUUCUAUAUAUCCAUAUGUAAAUCGUGCGACAGAUUUCAUUUUUGGAGUGAUUUGUGGAAAAAGCAUAUGCUUUGCAUGAUU